CUUGUAUAAAGGUGGACUCUCAAGUCAUUUAUUUCCCUUGCCAUCCACUAUCGAUCACACACUCAAAACACACUCACUGUGUGUUCCAACUUCCAAGAUCUUGAAGAACCCAAAACGAAAAACAAAAAAAUGUCCGACUUCGAGUUCUUCCUCUACGUAUCUCUUCUAAUUUCAACUCUAUUUCUCAUCUUGAAUCUUGCCAAAAAGAGAAAACACACCACUUCUUCACCUCCCAUCAACCUUCCACCCGGAAACAUGGGUUGGCCGUUCAUCGGAGAAACCAUCGGUUACCUCAAACCCUACUCCGCCACCACCAUCGGAGCAUUCAUGGAACAACACAUAUCAAGGUUUGGAAAGAUAUACAAAUCAAACUUGUUUGGAGAGCCAACGAUAGUUUCAGUGGAUCCAGGUUUGAAUAGGCUCAAAACACAACUCGUUAGAGAAGUCGAAAAGAACACUUUGUGGGUGUUAGAUUCUUGGCAAGAAAAUACAUCCUUUUGUGCCCAAGAUGAAGCAAAAAAGUUUACAUUCAAUUUAAUGGCGAAACAUAUCAUGAGUUUAGAACCCGGAAAACCAGAGACUGAACAACUCAAGAAAGAGUAUGUAACUUUCAUGAAAGGUGUGGUUUCAGCUCCUAUAAACUUCCCUGGAACUGCAUAUAGAAAAGCUUUAAAGUCAAGAGCCACGAUUCUUAAAUUCAUUGAAAUGAGAAUGGAAGAGAGGAUUCAGAAGCUACACGAAGGAAAUGACUUAGAGGGAAUAGACGAUGAUUUACUUGGAUGGGUAUUGAAGAAUUCAAAUCUUUCAAAAGAGCAAAUACUUGAUUUGGUAUUGAGUUUACUCUUUGCUGGUCAUGAAACGUCGUCGGUUUCAAUAGCCUUAGCCAUUUACUUCUUGGAAACUUGUCCAAAAGCCGUUCAUCAACUUAGAGAAGAACAUAAAGAAAUUGCCGAGAUGAAGAAGCAAUCGGGUGAGAAGGAUUUGAGUUGGGAAGACUACAAAAAGAUGGAAUUUACGCAAUGUGUGAUUAAUGAGACGCUAAGAUUCGGGAAUGUGGUGAGAUUCCUUCAUAGAAAGGCUAUUAAAGAUGUGCGGUAUAAAGGUUAUGACAUUCCAUGUGGGUGGAAAGUGCUUCCAGUGAUCGCAGCCGUGCAUUUGGAUCCUACAAAUUUUGACCAACCUCACCUUUUUGAUCCAUGGCGAUGGCAGAGUGCUAAAGUUGCAUCUUCAAGCGGGAGUGCAACAUUGACAUCAUCGAAUAACUUCAUGCCGUUUGGGGGAGGACCCCGGUUAUGCACGGGAUCAGAGUUAGCCAAAUUAGAGAUGGCGAUAUUUAUCCAUCAUUUGGUACUAAGAUAUCAAUGGGAAUUGACGGAUGUAGAUCAAGCUUUUGCUUAUCCAUAUCUUGAUUUUCCAAAGGGUUUACCAAUAAGAAUUCAUUGUUUGAAAUAGUACUAUUGAAAAGAGAAUAGAGCAACGUCGACAAGAUCCAUAAUCAUCAAUGAUGGAUAAGGAAAGACUUCGUCAAAUCUUAUGUUUGGUGGGAGAGAAUCAAGAAAUGAAUGGCUCAAAAAUGUCCAUGUUGAUCUUGAAGGUGAAAGUUGCUUGGAGCUUUCGAAGGGGCCAUUUCUCAAUACUUGAAUUUAGAGGGUUUUUAAUUAAGUUAUAAUAUUUUAAAAAAGUAUAGUCCAAAUUAUAUAUAGCUAUUUUGGUCAUAUAUUAUAUUAAGUGUAUUUUAGCAUUUAAUAUUUAUAUGAAAUUUUGCAUGCAAGUAUCAACAUCAGUUGCGUAAUUUUCUCCUCU